CUAGCAGUUGUCACCACAUGUUCAGUGUUUGUGAUAAUCAACAAUUAUCUCUCCCACAGGUACAGAGUCACAGUGGAAGGCUACACCAGCACCAGCACACUUGGUGAUGCACUUACAAAUGACAUAAAAGCCAGGUUUUUCACCACGUUGGACAAUGACAAUGACUCAUCACGUGGGAACUGUGCUGUGCACCGUGGUGGAGGCUGGUGGUACAACAACUGUGCCUGGGCCACUGCCACCUCACCACUCAGCAACAUUGAGCCAAACGACAGGGAGUUGUACUGGCGCAACUUCAGACCACGUGACGGUGGUCUACGUACUGGUCUCUCUCAGCUACUGAUGAUGAUUACUUCUGAAACUACAACCACUUAACACUGAUACUACCACCACUCAAAGAGAAACUACCAUUACUACCAAUAUUCAACACUGACACUACCACUAAUACCACCACUCAACACUGACACUACCACCACUGCCCCUAC